AUGUGCAUCUACGUCCAGAUCAUCCCCGUCUGUGGCCACCCACCACCGACGCUCCUCUCCUACGCCUCCUGCAACAACGUCCUUGCGCAGCUGAUGCGCAUCACCGAGCCCGAGGCGUGGGAGCCGGAGAACAUAGACAAGGUACCCUUCGAUAUGGCAGACGACUGCGACCCGGGCCCGGACAAUAUCUACAUCUUGUACUCGGACGACUACUGCGGGUGGGAGUGCCGGAACAACGCGUACCAGGUAGCUGCGGGGCUCAGGUACUUUGGUGAGGAGGCCGGGGGUUUUCUGCCUGCUUACAUCCCUGGGGAUGAGAGAGGCCAGAUUGUGGGCCGCGGGUUUGGUAGUGAUGGCAGGCCGAUGGUGAUGGGGAUGCCGGACGCGAAGUAUGGGGCUGGCAAUGAGAGGUUGGGCAUCGGCUGGCGCAAUGUGUGA